AUGUACAGACCAAGACCACCAAUACGUCCACUUCCUCCUCCUGCUGCUGCUGCUGGAGCCGGUGCUCUUGGCGGAGUAUUAGGUGGCUUAGGCGGUGCUGUCACUUGUAUCUGCUGUCUAGCAGCCAUUGGCCUUCUUGGACUUUGGGCGACAUUUAUUCCAUUUGUUGCCUUUUUCAAAUAUGCAUGGGAUCAAGAAACAAGAGCUUUCGGUAGUGGUCCAAGUCUUCAAAAUUUUCAACAAAUUGUUAUUCUUCUUGCUAUCUGCUUAUUGACAAUUCGUUUUAUGUCUUCUUCCCAAGAACAAUCAAAAAAUUCCAGCAAUGAACAACCACAAAAUACAAAUCCUACGCCUUCAGCACCUAUUGAUCCUCUUUACAGUGACUAUGAAGAAUAUCCACCAAUAAAUCAAAACUAUUCUGAAAACUCUAGUAAUCAAUCAUCAUUAAUGCAUGGUGGUCCUCAUUAUGAUUCAGCAGGACAAAUAGACCCUAAUGAACAAUAUGAAAAUAUUGGUAAUGAUGAUGAUAUUCCCGAUGAACUUGAAAAUGAACUUGAAGCAACAGUUGAAAGAAUGACAAGUGAACAAUUAACUGAUAAUGAUGAAGACGAACCAAUCUAUGCUGAAGAUGUACAAAAUGCAUUUGCGCGAUAUGAAAACGAGCAAGAUGAAAUGUUUGAACAAAUGCGUGAAUGUAUGCUUUUUAUGGAACAAGAAUAUUCUACUGCUGAAAUGCCAAGUAAACUGAUUGAAAUCUCACAGACAACUAAUCUAAAUCCUGAUGCAGCUGAAUUUCGACCAGCAAAUUCACAAGCAGCAGUAGCAACAGAUAAAGAAAGAAUUGUUGUUGUAUCAUGGGUGCCGUGUGAAGCUAAAAAGCAAAAUGAGUAA